AUGCACAGUUCUCUCAUAAUACUGCGCCAUGCGUAUUUCUCAGCACUUCAUCCGGCACGUCGUGUAGUUCCGGGGUCGCUGCUUCCCGUAAGAACACAAUUUUACACUCGACGCUUCACGAGUACGGCGGGGCCAACAUGUGGUGACGGUGGUGAAACAUACAAAAGUGAGCCCACAAAAGUCGGUGCGAGUGUUGAAGGCACAAAUUCGGGUAACGGAGUAACGGACUCCCCUUCCCUUUUCUCAUCAUCCGCACCAACUGUUCGGCGACGGGCGUUGCCUCCUUCCGACUUUCCUGAAAAUGCUUUACUGAAAUGCAUUGAAAAGGAAAUUGAAGACGAGGCGCUGCGACUUGACAAGGAAGAGUGCCCUCCGCCCCCGCCGACUGGUUGGGAAAUGUACCAUGCGCCGGGAACGAGUGUUUUUUAUGGCCGCCGCUGGUGGCUUCCCGCAACCGCGUCAGCAGAAACUCGGGCAACACCUGAGCGCCACACGAUUCGCGUGCAGCUCACGAAACGGGACCCCUCAUUGGAUCCGGAGUGCGACGUGCGAGGAGAACAUUUUCCUUUUUCAUUUUUUGUGCAGCGUGCCCCAUCUAAAGGUGAAGCAGUGAGGCGUGAUGGAACUUUCCGCAUGGGAGACAGCGCGGCUGCCGGUGAUGUGAAGGGCAGAACUGAAGGAAAGGAGGAGGAGGAAGAGGAGGAGGAACUUGGCCUCUACGACCAAAGCAUUGAGGUGCGGGCGGAUUUUGUGGACGGAGAGCUGCUGGUUGACAAUGUCGUUUUUCAUGGCACCUUCAAGACCGGGUCCUCGUGUAGUAAAAGGAGUGGUAACACUUCACCAGAGGCGGCGGCGGCAACUGCUGCUGGGCAACAUGACAACACAACUGGAGGACGAGGGAAGGUUGAAGAGGUGCGUUACAAUAAUAUAUUCAACGGUUACCCGGGUCCUAAUUUGGACGAGGCGGAGGAGGAGGUGCUUGAUGGGUUACAGGCGUGGUUGGCAGAGCGCUGCGUGGAUGAUCAGUUUGGGGAAUUUGUUGGGCAGUACUCCGUUUGGGUGGAACAGCAGGAGUAUGAAAUGUGGCUAAAGCGAUUACGGGACUUCGUGGCUGCGUGA